AAGCCAAAUAACUAAACUUUUAAGCCAAUAAGCAAAACUAAAUGUGCUAUUAAUUUUUUUUUAUUAUUAUUAUAUUUUUUUUGUAAUUGGAUAAAAAAAAAUUUAACAAAAUUUUUUUAGUUAAAUAACAAAAUUUAUUUUUUCCUUCCUUAAACAUUUUAAACCAGUCGAAAUUUUUUUAAAUGAAUGUAAAAAAAGGAAGAAAAAAAAGCUGCCCAGUGUUAGAAAGGAACUAAGCAAUUAAAUUGUAAAAAGAUUGGAGUAAUUCAGCGUCAUUUGUUUACCGUUGCACAACGACAUGACAUCAUUAUUUCAGUGUCCGUUGUUUCUUUGAAGUUGAUUUCAUAAUUAUAAACAUAAUUAUAUUCAACUCACAGAUUCUUCUUUACGAACGAUACCAGCAGGUUUCAAGAAAUAAAAAACAAAAACAGAAUACACUUAACUUCGAGAAAGCACUGUUGAAAUCGACAGGAAACUGUCUGAAAACACAAGAAAAUGUUAAUGUUUCCAAAACAGUGAAGUAAGGCGUUGUUGUCAUUUUUUCAUAGGUCAAAACGUGUUUAAGGUUGACUAAGAUGAUAAGAUAUGAAUGAAAAGUGAAUUUUUGUGGCAUGUGAUACUUACGCGAUCGGAUGAAUCUAUUUAUGAGUCCUAGAGUCAGCGUGCGGUGUUAAUUGUAAUCAAAAAGUGCGUCACUAAUGUAACAGGUGUUAAUUUUACUGGUGUGUCUUCCUUCAAGGUCACUAUCUUCCGUUCUUUCCUACUUAGGUUUUGACGAUAUAUCAGAAAUCAUGGCAGCCUUUGUUGCCAAGCAGAUGAUGGGUAGUAAGCUGAAUGCUGUGAAAGGUCAAAUGAGUUCAGCCGCUGAAAAUGAAACUCCAGAAGAUAAGGAAGCAGCUGCUGAGUUAGAGCAAGAACGCUUAGAAGCUCUUCGAGAAGCUGAAGAACGGAGAAAAGAAAAGCAUAAACGAAUGGAAGAAGAAAGAGAGAAAAUGCGCCAAGCGAUUCGUGAUAAAUACGGUAUAAAGAAAAAAGAAGAAGUGGAAGAGGAAGAUUACAUGCCUGAAAGUAACAGCUUGAACAGAAAAAAGAAAACACCGGCUGAAAUAGAAGCUGAAGAUCUUGAUGAUUUUACAAGGUGGAAAAACACCAUUGAAGCGCAAUUGGGAGAGCUGAGGCAAACAUUGGAAAGUAAAUGUGUAAUUCAAUGAUGGGAGCAACGAAUCAAAGUGCCCAUUUUUCUUUUCUAGUGUUCACUUGGCUAGUCUCAAUGCAUUCAGCUUUUGGAAGAAGAUUAUUUUUUUAUAUGUUAGCUCAACAAUCUUCUCUUCACAGGCUGAAC